AACAAGAUGGCUGCUUCCACAAGUCUGAGCAAAAGCGCUACUGUUUCAAAAGCGGAUUAUUUAAAGCGCUAUCUGUCGAAUGACGAAGAUGGCAAGAAGUCAAAAGAAAAGAAAGUCAGGAAAAAGCGUCUUAAGACCACCGGGAGAGGAAUGCACAUUUGCAGGAUGAAGAUUGUUGAUGAUGAUAUUGACUGGAGGCAACUGGCUGCAAAGACUGAAGAGAAGGAGAACGAGGAUGAGGAAGAGGCGCCUGUGAUUGCAGAGAUAAUAGAUGAACGUCCAGAUGAAGUCAAACAACUAGAAGCAUUUAGAACCAGUAACAAAUGGAAAAUAAUGGGAGCCACAAAUGAAGAAUCCCAGGAAUCUCCUGUCUCACCUUCAGUGACCAGUUCAGACGUCAAAAGGAACAGAAGAGCUCGGCAUGAUUCUUCUGACAGUUCUCCAGUACGGAGAGUUCGCCAUGACUCCCCUGAUCUUUCACCCAAGAGGGGAGUUCGCCAUGACUCCCCUGAUCUUUCACCCAAGAGGGGAGUUCGCCAUGACUCCCCUGAUCUUUCACCCAAAAGGAGAGUUCGCCAUGACUCCCCUGAUCUUUCACCCAAAAGGAGAGUUCGCCAUGACUCCCCUGAUCUUUCACCCAAGAGGGGAGUUCGCCAUGACUCCCCUGAUCUUUCACCCAAAAGGAGAGUUCGCCAUGACUCCCCUGAUCUUUCACCCAAAAGGAGAGUUCGCCAUGACUCCCCUGAUCUUUCACCCAAAAGGAGAGUUCGCCAUGACUCCCCUGAUCUUUCACCACAGACAAGAGUCCGGCAUGAUUCUCCAGAUCUUUCCCCUCAUAGACUCAAAGCAGAGACCAAACAUAGGGGACAUCACUCUUCAUCACCUUCUGCUCCACGAAAGAAUGAGAAGAGCUCAGCUUCUAAAUCGCAAAAACAUGUUAAAGAUUCCUCCCAGAGAGAAAAGUCAAAAUCCUCUUCAGGUGGACAUCUACCAGAUUCGGAUCUGUCACCACCCCGGAGACGCCCUAAUGCCAGACAGGACUCGGACUCUGAUCUGUCUCCUCCUAGGAAAAGAGCACAGAGGGGCAGAGGGUCUGAUUCGGACCUUUCACCACCCAGGAAGAGGCCCCAGGGCGGUCGUGGGUCAGAUUCUGAUCUCUCCCCAUCUCGCAGGACAGGCUCUCCUGUUGCACAGGGUCCUCGCAUGUUGUCUGGUGGAGCUGCUGGCCUGGUCUCUGUUGAAACCCUGCGUAAAGAGCAGGAAGAAAUCCGCAAAAGAGAAAAACAGAACAAGCCCCUAGAAGAGGAGUCCCGUCAUGCACAGACUGUGUUCAGAGAUAAGACGGGAAAGAAACGAGACUUGGAGUCUGAGCGUGCGGAGCAGAGCAGGAAAGCUGGGGAGAAAGCUGAGAAGGAUGAGAAAUAUGCACAGUGGGGCAAAGGACUGGCACAGAGUCAGAUACAGGAGCAGAACGUGGCUGAUGCAGUUCGAGAGGCUCAGAAGCCCCUGGCACGUCACAUUGAUGACGAAGACCUAGAUCGAAUGCUGAGGGAGCAGGAGAGGGAGGGAGAUCCCAUGGCUGCUCUAUUGCGCAAGAAGAAGGAAAAGAACACUAAAAGCAAAGGAGUCAAAGAGAGACCUCGUUAUAAGGGUCCACCACCACCCCCAAAUCGUUUCAACAUCAUGCCAGGAUAUCGCUGGGACGGAGUUGACAGGUCCAAUGGGUUUGAGCAGAAGCGCUAUAGCAGGAUUUCAAAUAAGAAAGCUGUGCAAGAGGAAGCGUACAAAUGGAGUGUGGAGGACAUGUAGACAUCAGGACCCCAUAACAAGCAUCCCUACGUACUGUAUCAUUCCGUCUCACCAGCACCGGUCCUUUCGUUUUAAAGGCUGCUCCCAUCUGAAUGAACUGUCAGAUGGAAAUGUCCUUUAUGUUAGUAUCAACCAGGAUGGUUAAACAAAUAAAAACAAAGAUUUUCUGACUUUUAGCGGUUGAGUGAUUGUAUAUGAACAUCAAGUUUCCCUUGAGAUUUAUUAAAUGUUAUGUUUCUUACA